GAGUAAGGUAUUUGCCGAUUUGAUAAGCUGCAUCGGACUCGAUUGUUUUUUUUUGAGAAUAUGUUGAAAGCCUGAGGUUUGGGAAGACGAACGGAGAGGGAAAGCUCGAAGUUUUGCGAGCUUCGUCCACAUCACCUUUAUGGAAACGUAGACUCCGUCCUCCACCAGGAUGGUUUGGGGGUAGUUAUAUGGAGUCUGAGCUGGAACUGGGAGUAGUUUUUCGAAAGGCUAAAGGCGGGAAACACGGUGGAAAAAAACUUUCCCUUGUUGAAGAACGACGCGCUCGGUUUGUUGUAAAGUAAUCUUUACGCACGGUCUGCGCGCACACACACACACACACACACACACACACACACACACACACACACACACACACACACACACACACACACACAUUUGUACAACCCGAGAUGCGCCUGUUGAGCACGUCGUGCGGAGAAACCCGAGGGAGAACACACAUGUCCGGGGUGAUGCGUUUUCUUUUCCUCCUCACGGCCGUGCUGUCCUGUCACGGCUGUCCGGACAAAUGCCUGUGCUUCUCCCAAACCGUGAAAUGCCAAAACCAGGAUUUGGACGCGAUUCCGCAUUCCUUGCCGGCCAAUACCAAAUACCUUUUCAUCACGGGAAACAACAUCUCCAGUGUCAGCGCGGACUCUUUCCCAACCAGCCUGCAAAUGCUGACGGAUCUCUAUCUCAGUGGGAAUGAGAUGGAGUCGGUGGAUGCGAUGGUAUUUAACAACUUGCCGAACCUGGUGAGGCUGGACCUGAGCAACAACAGAAUCGAGAAUUUCAGUGAAAGAGCUUUCCCGGACGACAAUAAAGUGCAGCUCCUGAACCUCAGUAGGUCUUUAAUCAAUCAAAUCAAUCACUCCUUCGUGGAUGUGGUCCUGAGCGUCCUACAGAGGGGGAACCUCCUCCAGCUGACAGUCCUGGACCUGUCCAACAACGACCUUGUGAUUCUUCCGGACGACAUCUUCGCCGGCCUCCCCAGCCUGGUCAACCUGAGCCUGCAGAACAGCUCCAUCCUCUCCGUCCAGAACGGGACGCUGAGGGCGCCGCAGCUGCGUGAGCUUGAUCUGAGGGAUAACAGCCUGAGGGACCUGCCCUCCACCACCCUGGCGGAGCUCAGCCUCAAGCCCGCCCUCCACAUCCGGCUGGCGGGGAACCCCUGGCGCUGCGACUGCUUCCUGGAGGACAUGCUGCUGUGGCUGAAGAACUCCACCCAGGUCGUGGACUCGCAGAACCUGACCUGCACAGACCCCGAGGCCCUGAGGCGCCAGCCGCUCCUGCAGGUGGAGCAGUCCCAGCUGAAGUGUUUGGGCAACAUGGAGGGCGUGCUGGAGACCUCGUAUGUCUUCCUGGGGCUGGUGCUGGCGCUGAUUGGCCUCAUAUUCCUGCUGGUGCUCUACCUGAACAGAAAGGGCAUCAAGCGGUGGAUGUACAACAUCCGGGACGCUUGUAGGGACCACAUGGAGGGGUACCAUUACAGGUACGAGAUCAACUCUGACCCGCGUUUGGCCAACCUGAGCAUCAAUUCGGAUGUGUGAGCGAGGACGGGACACUGUCUGGGACCCACAGUGAGAUAUAUAUAUAUAUAUAUUAAAUGACUCAUACUGUUAAAAUGUGCAUGAAAGUCUUCCUCCUCCUCCUUCUUCCAUUCCCACCCAUGAUGCUACUCAGAUUAAGCAUCGGUCAUGGCUCCUAGUUAACCCCGCUCUCAGCCUCCAUUCAACCGCUGCAGCAUGUCCAAUACAAAUACCAGGCAGCUGUGAUGUCAACUGAGUUUCUUCCGUUCAACAAUGCAUGGACAACGAAUCAUUGCGA